AGUUAGGGGGGGGUGGUGGGGGCAACAAAGUGCUACUGAUUCAUAAGCUUUGAGUUGAGAGAGAGAGAGAGAGAGAGUGGGAACAUUCUGAUAUUGGUUGGCUUUUUGUGUUUGUGUAGCUGUGGUGGCUGUCAUCAAAAGAUGAGUAACAGCUCAUCUUUUUUGAAGGGUCAUCUUUUCUUAUUGUUUGGUUGGUUCCUGUGAUUUCUCUUCUUUCAUGUUAUUCAACCUUUCUGUUUCUACUUUCUUCUCUUGUCCACUCCAUUUUUAUUUUUAUUAUUCUUCUUACUUAUCACAACAACCACACUUUGGUGUUUGUGUUUGGUCUCUCAAAUAUUUUUUUCACACAAAGAGAAAGAACCAAACUUCUGUGUCUUCUAGCUAGAUUGUGCUUAGCUUCAAAGAAGGGACAUAGCUAAAACAUGGCUAGUGACUAAUGAGUGUGAAUGUUGAUGGAAUUUGGUUUUCUGAAAACUUUUCUGACCAGAAAGUGUGUUAGAGUUACUAUUGGUGUCUAAAUCCAUUGUUGGAAACAAGAAAGAAAAAAAAAAGGAAAAGAAACAAAUACCAAGAUUCAGAAAACAUAGUAUAAUUUUAAUAGAGAGAGUGGGGCGGUGGUGUCAGAUUAAGCAAGUGGGUGUGUCUGUUACUAAGUUUACUCUUCCUUUAAGAAAAUUAUUAUUUAUAUAUAUGAAUGUGUUAGAGAUAGUUUGUUUUGUUGGUAAUGUUUCCUAACAUGGUUUAUAUUGGCCGGUCUCUUUGGACUUUGUUACCAAUUUAGUAAGCAACAUGUUCUUUGAGUUUGAGUCUCUUCUCAUUCAAGUCACAAAAUAAAUUAUAACACAAAAAUAGUUUUUUUUUUAAAUAAAUAAAUUUGCAGAGAAAACCCAUUUAAACUUCUCUCUUGGUUUGUGUGGAAGAUUCGGUCAUACAAGGAACUUGAUCCUUUUUUCUUCUACCUUGUUCUUUUACUCUUUUACUCUUUUACUAUCAAGUUACUUGCAUUUCCUUAAACUCAUAGGAAUUGGAUUCUAAUAGAGAGAAAAAAGAAGUGGUUUAGAAUUUUUCUUUGGUCAAGAUGAAGUUUAUGAAACUUGGAUCUAAGCCUGAUUCUUUUCAAACUGAUGGAGAUAAUGUCAGGUAUGUGGCAACUGAGCUGGCAUCUGACAUAGUCAUUAACGUCGGGGACGUAAAAUUUUAUCUGCAUAAGUUUCCACUUUUGUCGAAAAGUUUACGCUUGCAAAAGUUGGUUUCGAACACAAACGAGGAGAACGAUGAAGUUCAUAUCCACGACAUUCCUGGAGGACCUGUUGCUUUUGAAAUAUGUGCCAAGUUCUGUUACGGUAUGGUGGUCACUCUAAAUGCAUACAAUGUGGUUGCAGCUCGCUGUGCAGCAGAGUAUCUUGAGAUGUACGAAACUGUUGAAAAGGGAAAUCUUAUCUACAAGAUUGAAGUUUUCCUCAACUCCAGCAUUUUCAGGAGCUGGAAAGACUCGAUUAUCGUUCUACAAACAACCAAAUCUCUUCUUCCAUUGUCAGAGGAACUUAAGGUGGUGAGCCAUUGUAUUGAAUCCAUAGCUACCAAGGCUUCGAUGGAUACAUCGAGGGUGGAGUGGUCAUACACAUAUAACAGGAAAAAACUCCCAUCCGAAAAUGGGAACGAUCCGCAUUGGAAUGGUGUGAGGAAACAACUAAUGGUUCCGAAGGACUGGUGGGUGGAAGACCUUUGUGAGCUUCAACUCGAUCUCUAUAAGCGAGUCAUGUCUACGAUAAUGAGCAACGGAAACGUUUCUGGUGCAGUAGUUGGAGAAGCUCUUAGUGCCUAUGCCUCAAGAAGGUUGUCUGGCUUCAACAAAGGUGUUAUCCAGAGCGGUGACAUUGUAAAGAAUAGAUUAAUAUUGGAGACCAUUGUCGGUCUAUUGCCAGCGGAUAUGGGAAGUGGCUCUUGUGGUUUUUCGCUUAAGUUAUUAAAAGUGGCUAUUCAAUUGGAAUGUGAUGAGCCGGUGAAAUUUGAACUGAUGAGGAGAAUAGGCCAGCGUCUUGAGGAGGCAACAGUGGCUGAUCUUUUGAUUUGUGCACCAAUUGGCGAAACAACUUACGAUGUUGAAACUGUGCAGAAGCUAGUUGAAAUGUUUAUAGCACAUGAACAGAAUUCUCUGUUGGAAGAUGAAUUGCAGGAGAUCAGAAGUCCCAAGAUGGUAUCAAAUUCUUCUAGCAAGAUAAAGGUUGCAAAGCUGGUUGAUGGCUACCUUACCGAGAUUGCUCGUGAUCCUAAUUUGCCUCUUCCAAAUUUUGUUAGUAUGACCGACUUGGUAUCGAGCUUUCCUAGACAGUCUCAUGAUGGCCUUUAUCGUGCCAUCGACAUGUAUUUAAAGGAACAUCCAGGAAUCAGCAAAAGCGAGAGGAAGAGAAUAUGCCGGUUGAUGGACUGUAGGAAGCUGUCUGCAGAAGCUUGCAUGCAUGCAGUGCAGAACGAGCGGCUUCCUUUACGUGUCGUUGUGCAGGUUCUCUUUUUCGAGCAAUUAAGAGCUACAACAACAUCAUCGUCAGGAGGCACCAGCACUCCUGAUCUUCCUGAGUCUAUCAGGGCGUUGCAUCCGGGUGGAUCUCACGGUAGCUCAAGGUCAACUACCACCAACACAGAAGAGGAAUGGGAUACUGUUGCAACAGCAGAAGAUAUAAAAGUUCUUAAAGGUGAACUUGCCGCACUAAAAUUAUCGAGUGGAGGUAGUAGUGACAGAAACAGCAACAGCAAUGAUGGCUCUAAAGGCAAUGCAGAAAAAGUUGCUGCUAACAAAAUGAAAGGUUUCCUCAUGUCAAAGAAAAUAUUCUCCAAGAUUUGGUCGAACAAAGAAAAAAACGGAGAGAUUACUAGCUCUGAUACGUCGGAAAGCCCUGCUUCGACCGUUGUUGAGGAGACAAAGUCUACACCAUCUAGAAGUAGGAGACAUUCAGUAUCUUAAAAUCUUUUUUUUGUUGCAGACUUCAAGAGCCGAUCGAUUGUCGUAUAAUCGUCUCACUUUGGUAGCAUUAGGUGAUAGAGCUUACUUGACAUGUUCUAGCUGAUACUGAUUCUUCAAUAGAGCUUAUGUGAAAAUGAUGGCUUAAGGUAUGAAGGUUAUUUUUGGCUACAUUUUACAAUUACUAAAAGAGCAGUAAUGAAGAAUCCGGUUUUGUUGUGUACUAUAAUUAGAGAAGGAAAAUCAUAGCCUUAUCAAUUACUAAGACAAAAUUUGUAAA